UGGGCAUCGAGCGCGCGCAUGAAAUCAUUUGGCGUCUGAUACUGUAGUCCGUAGCGUGACCUCUAUGAACGCGGUCGGAGCUUGUGUCAAAUGUCGAAUUGCAACCAGACCUUGAACGUUCAUAUUUAGGAUACAAUUAAUAAGCUAUGUCAACAAGAAUCAAACGGAAGCCAGCAAAAUAUGCUGAGGAGGAGGAAUCUCCAGGACCUCCUAAGAAAACUCCAAAGAAACCCCCAACAUCAUCCACACCAGUAGCUGCUGCCUCCCCCAAACUGACCACACCCAAACUGACCACACCCAAACCAACCAGCACCAAGGCCACUCCCAGUGCCCCAAGGUCUACUGCUAGACCCAGCCAGAAGAAAUCACCAGAGGGGCAGAAAGAGAGGAAAGCUGACAAGGACUCCAAGAAACCUCUUCGUAGCUGUGAGAAGAGCAGAUGCCCAGCCAAGAUCCCACAAUGCUUUGCCAAUGCUUCAGAUCGUUGUGCUGGUGCUGGUUCUACAGCUAGAUGGUAUCAUCUCUCAGCAGGAGAGCAUUACUGUAAUGAAUGCUUUGACUACUUCUACAGAAGCCAUCAUCAAGGUUAUCAGCUCGUCUCUAAUUGGAAGCGUGUUUGGGGUAGCAAUGGCAAGACUGAGCCUAGUCUCAAGUCCUACAUGUCAGAUAAAGUGCUUCCCUUCUGGCUUCAAUGCACCCAACCUGGCUGUGGCAAAUGGAGAGAAUUCCCCUCCAAGAAUAUAGUAACACUGGAGAUCAUACAGAGCUAUGUCUGCGGAUAUGAGGCAGGAGCAAAACAGGGCACACCAUCAGAUCAUUGUACCGUACUACAGGACCAUCGUGUUGAACAGACGUUUGAUCUAGAAUGGUUAUCUCUCCUCGUCAUGCCACCACUCCUUAAGACCUCUCCUGCUGCUCCGUUCCUCACAUCUUACUUCCCUGAUGGAGUGGGUCUCAGUGCAUCCUGUCCCAUAGCAUCAAGGAAAGGAGGUUCAUUGACAUCUGAAGGAGAAGAACCUUUUGCUGCAGGAGUGAGUCCAUACUUCCAGCCAUUCUACCAGCCGGAUGAACAGGGUAAAGCUCUGUGUAUCUGCCCUGAUGUGAUGGAGCAUGAGGAAGUGGAAGAGUUCCCUGAGUUUGAGAGGGAGCAACAGAUGUAUCUAGCUCUCAGGAACCUGGUCCUAGCCUUGUGGGCUCAGAGAUGUAAAGAAUUCCUGACAGCUCAUAUCUGUACACAGAGACUCGUUGUGAGAGGCUUGGUGAGGAUAAAAUGUUCUGAGAUCCUGGAACCGAUUGUAGCCUUUCUGACACGGAAAGGACUCAUCAACACAGGACUACUCAGGGACCCUCCUAAGGAGCUCCAAGUCUGUAGAGAUGUGGGGAUGGGGAAGAUCAUUGUGAUAGGAGCAGGAGUAGCAGGAUUGGCUGCAGCCCGUCACCUGACUAACAUGGGUUGUGAUGUCACAAUGCUUGAGGCUAGGGAUAGGAUUGGAGGAAGAGUUUGGGAUGAUCAAUCAUUAGGAUCAUGUGUUGGUAAAGGAGCCCAGAUUGUUAAUGGAUGUAUUAAUAAUCCUAUUGCACUCAUGUGUGAACAGGGUGGUUUCAAGCUGCGUAAGAUGCAUGAACGCUGUGACCUGCUAGGAGAGGGAGGUGUGGUGACUGACUUACAUGUAGACAAACGGGUUGAGUUUCAUUUUAAUGCGAUGCUAGAUGCCAUUGCUGAAUGGAGGAAAGACAAGUUCUCAAGCUCAGACUCACCUCUAGGCAAGAAAAUCAUGGAGAUGCAUCAGACCUUCAUGGAUGAAACCAAUCUCACAUUCUCAGCGGAGGAAGACAGACUCUUACAGUUUCACAUCAGUAAUCUAGAGUAUGCAUGUGGCAGCAAUCUAGCAAAGGUUUCUUCCCUUCAUUGGGAUCAGAACGAAGCCUUUGCUCAGUUUGCUGGUGAUCAUUGUCUCCUGAAAGAAGGCUAUCACACAGUCUUUACUGAACUAGCAAAGGGUCUGGAUGUAAGACUACAACACCAAGUUACGGCUGUCAACCAUUCAGCUGAUGACAUCACCAUUACACUCAAGGAUGGCCAGACAUUAACAGCUCAGAAGGUUCUCUUGACGAUCCCUCUAGCGUUACUCCAGUCUGAAGUGAUCAGCUUCACACCACCUCUACCUGAAGACAAACUAGAAGCAAUCAACAGUCUAGGAUCGGGGAUCAUUGAGAAGAUUGGGCUGCAGUUUCCCUCCAGAUUUUGGGAGAAGAAAGUAGAAGAGACAGACUACUUUGGUUACAUUCCAACAGACCCUGCUGACAGAGGAUUCUUCUCUAUCUUCUAUGACAUGUCCAAUGGGAAUAAAGAGAGUAAUGUGUUGAUGUCAAUCAUCAGUGGUGAUGCUGUACAGAAACUCAAGGAGAUGACGGAGAAAGAAGUGAUGGAGAAAUGCUUGUCAUGUCUCAAGAAACUCUUCCCUAAACAGACGGUUCCCAACCCAAGCAAGUACUUUGUAACCCAGUGGCACAAGGAUGAGUUUGCUGGUAUGUCAUAUAGCUUCAUAGCUUCCGGUGCUAGCGGAGAGACGUAUGAUGUCCUGGCUGAAUGCAUCGAUGAGAAGAUCUUCUUUGCAGGAGAAGCAACAAAUAGAAGUUUUCCUCAGACAGUAACAGGAGCCUACCUCAGUGGAAUCAGAGAAGCUAACAAGAUCAUUGCAUUAUGAUGAGGAUUGUAUGAACGCACCCUAAGACAUUACAGUGACAUGGGAUUGUUUUCAGUAUGCCUCUGUGGAUAUAUUCACACAUCAAAGCAUAACCAUGCUCUGAUUGUUAUAUGCUUCUGAUCUUUAACCUGAAUGGAGUUGUGUCCUAUCAUGUCAAUCGAGCUGAAACUGAAUGGAUAAGUCGUGGUGGUCUUCAAACAUCCUCAUGGAGGGCCUCACAUGUUCAUCCAAAUGAACAGGUCUCGUGUGUAUGCGUCAUCUACAUUGAUUAUGAAAUGAAGUUUUAUAGGUUGGGCAUGUUCACAUUGAAUCAUAGUAACCUUUGGACUAUUGUUUCAUAAUGCAAAUAACUUCAAUAAUAAAUCAAUGUGAUGUUAUGUGAAUACUUAUUUAUCUAUCAGUGGGACUUGGCUUCAUAUAGCUCAGGUCAGGCAACUGAAUAGUUCAAAUAUCAUCUGAAGACCAUUCUUCUUGGCCAUAUGUACUAAACAGAUAACUCACAACGAGUAUCAAACAUAUCAUCCAACAGUACUCCUACUCCACAUUGUAAACAAAAAAACAUAAUUAUUUCAUAACAUUUUGAAAAUAUUUCUAUAAAUAGACUGGAAAAAUAAGACCCAUCAGGUUCUUGGGUAAAAUUGAUUCAUUUUCACUCUCUAAAGUUUUGCAAUGCAAUCUAUUCAUCAUUGAGUUCACUGUAUAUAAAAAUACCAACAAAAAUUGAAUUUUUGCGUGACUUACAAUUAAUUAGUAUUGAUAUAACUUGUACAAAAGAAAAUGUCUAUAUAAUAUUUAAGUUUCCAACAAUCUCAAGCUUCUGUACAAAACCUUAUAAUUCAUUUAAACCGCAAACAUCAUUAUUGAAUAUUGAAUAAUAAUCUUAAAGGAGUUGAUUUUCACGUAAGAAAGGGUACCUGUGGAAGAAAGGAUUAAGAGUAUCUGAAGUCCCUUUAAAGUUGAAAGCCAAGGGAAGGUUAUAGUUUGAAAAGUAAUCAGCAUGACGAAGUAGUAUAGACAUACCGGUAAGUUGACUUUCAUGUUUAUACAAUGGCAGUGGCAGUAGUUUACCCGAAGGUUUUACACAGUGUUGUUAGUCAAGCAUUGAAACCAUUUGGCUAGUACAUCUCUUGUGUUAAUGCUGCAUGCAUCUGUGAUGAGUACACCCCACUGCACAAUAGUAUGCAAAUAUGAAAUAUGACACAUGGAAUAUUUAUAAUGUAUUAAGCAGUUACAAAUAUUACAUUGAAUGUAUUGUGGUUUCCUUUUCUGUUUGAAUGCAAUUAUUCCAGCUAUUCUCUAGUAUUCAUCCCAAUCCCAACUAUCAUUUCUAGAUUUUUAAUGUGAGUGAAAUAUUCUGCAAGUAUUCUUUUCAUUGAUAGUCUUAUUAGAUGGUUGCAGUAAUGUUAGUAUUUUCCUUCAUGGUGAUUUUUUUUGUGCUUAUUUCAGUACAGUACUUUUCAUUGACAUGGCUACAAAAAUUAGAAAACAGAGAAAACUUUUUCAUGUCACUUGCUGGAUUCCCAAUGUUAUUGUUGACUACAUGUAUUUUGCACUUUUCUCUGGUCUGUAUUUUGAUCAAUUUAAAUAAUACCAAACUUUAUAUUAUAUUCAGAAUGUAAACUAUUAUUAAACAUAGAAAUCAUUCCAAGUUGUUGUUACAAGAUUUUUUGUUGGUCAUGUUUAGAUCAGUGAUUUAAAAAGAAAAUAUUAUUAUUAAUAUAGUCUUUUUUUACUUUCAUUUCUUCAUGUCCCAACUAUUAGACAUGUAUAUCCUCCCCUGUCUACAGUCUUGUAUUCUUAAAAAGGUUUGAAUUUCACAUUUAUAACCUCACAUUAUUAAAAACUGGAUAAUAAUAAUACAUUAUAUUUAUAUAGCGCUUAUUACAAUGUUUCUAAGCGCUUUACAAAGUUGUACUUAGAUGAUAUCAAGUAAAGAGUGCCAUCAUAGUAACAUACUUUCCUAGGCUAGGAACAAGGAGGGCAGAAACAGUCUCUUACAAUUUGCAAUGUUAAUGUAAUCAUAGAUGUAAGAAAUUGAAUUAUCACCCAAGAACAAUAACUUCUCUGCAUCUUUUUGUCAAUUAUUUGAAAUGACUCUAUUUUGAUUUCAUUUGUUUUCAUUCUUACUAGAUUUUCACUUUAACUCUAGAAUCAAUGAGAAAGAAACAUACAUCCCUUGCUUCAAAAAUUUGUUUUACAAAUUAAUUCAUGUAGUCAGAAAAGUAGUCGUUAACAAGCCUUGAUUCUUUUGUAUUAUUUAUUGUCUAUAUUUGUACAGUUUAGUCUUCAAAUUUGAUGUGUAUGUGUGUAAUAUCCUAGUAAGUUCUUAUUCAAAAUGUAAUAUUUAAAACUUUGUUCUGUCUUUUCUUUUCUUUAUCCACUGUAAAUAUAAGUCAUCUGUAAAAAUAAACUUUGAACUUUGACCUAUGGUACAGAGUGAACUGGAUGAUAAAAUUAAUAUACCAAAGCUCAUUCAUGUUAGUAAUAAGAUCAGUUCUCAAUUUAAGUAAUGAGCAAUUCAGUAUUUACAUGAAUGUAUAUUGAAUCAUCCUCCUUCAGCCAUCAGGAAUGUUGUCCCUUCUCUUUGAGGUUAGAGAAACAAACUAAAUUCAGUAUUUGUUCUGCUACAGUAGGUAUUAUUUUACAGAUUAAGUCCAAAUUUUCACCCAUACGUCACAGACAUCACCACAAUUUGAAGUAUUAUGUAAUGAUUUUAUCAAGUUGGUAUCCUUACUAGAGUUUAGAUCAGAAUCAUAUCACAAAGAAAAUUACACUUGCAAUUAUGUGAUGUGGUUUUUCUGUAGAGUUUUCUUUAUUCUUGUUAAUGAUAUGCACAUGAUAGGCACAUGAUAGGCACAUGAUAGGCACAUGAUAGGCACAUGAUCACAUCCCAUGGUCUUUGACUUGCCCUUCAAUUAUUGUUCUGAUUAUUUUAUCAGCAAUUUUGACCAGUACCUUUUUGUAGGGCAAAUAUCCUAUUUACCUUGUAACAAACAUUGCAGAACGUCUUUCUUCUAAGGUAUAGCACCAAUUACUAGAACUCCAGAUCACCUUUGUAGAAACCAUACUGCAUAUGCCAGUUUUGUUGUGCAUUUUUAUCUCUAAUUUUCCUGUACAAAAAAAUUCAUUGUAAAACGAUUUUGUCGAUUUGCAUUUACUUUGCAUCGAGUCUUCUUUAUUUGAUACAUCUAACUUUUAUGCAUGCUGUGAGUGAACUGUAUGAUAUUUAUAAAUGUUUCUCCCCUGAAAUGCAGUGACUAUUCCAUCAGUCAUGUAACCUCAUUCACUUACACAAACAAUAUUUACAGUCUUGGUUCACUUGUUUUCCUGAGCGCUGAGUGAAAUAUCUUUACCAUGUAUUUUUCUACAGAGGAAAACUUUUUUUUUUCUUUCAGGUUCCUAGACGAUGCAAUGAGAGAUACCAUACAUAUAUUUGCUUUUAGUGUAAGAGAAAGGGUCAAACUUGAAACUGUAAUGUAAAUAUGUUAAUAUGUAGAAAUAAAACAAGAGUCAGAGAAAAUAGAAUACUA